GAUCAAGUAGACGAUGCUUCCCUUUCGACCGGCACCUAUCGCUAGAUUCUCUUCCUCGAUUGCCAGAAUGACCAACGACGUCUUCAUCUUGUCCGCUGUCAGGACUCCUGUCGGCUCCUUCAAUGGCUCCCUCAAGAAGGUGACGGCUCCCCAGCUCGGUGUCACCGCCCUCAAGGCUGCCAUGGAACGCGCCCAGGUCAAGCCCGAGCAGCUCGAGGAUGCCUACUUCGGCAAUGUCCUUCAAGGCAGCGUUGGUCAAGCGCCCGCUCGUCAGGUCGUCCUUGGCGCUGGCUGCCCAGACACUACCGAGGCGACGACGAUCAACAAGGUCUGCGCCUCGGGCAUGAAGGCCAUCAGCCUUGCAGCUCAGAACAUCGCCCUCGGCGACCGCAAGAUUAUGGCCGCGGGCGGGAUGGAGAGCAUGAGCAACGCUCCCUUCUACUUCCCCCGCAACGCCGCCUUCGGCCACGUCCAGGCAAUGGACGCCAUUAUCAAGGAUGGCCUUACAGAUGCGUACGAGGGUGGUGCCCACAUGGGCAAGUGCGCUGAUCAGUGUGCUCAGAAGCAUGGUCUCUCUCGCGAGGAUCAAGAUGCCUACGCCAUCGAGUCGUACAAGCGUGCUGCCGAAGCGUGGAAGGCCGGCGCAUUCGCAAACGAGAUUGUCCCUGUCACCAUCCCCGACAAGCGCGGAGAUGUCGUCGUCUCCGAGGACGAGGAGUACAAGAACAUCAAGCUUGACAAGGUACCCACUCUGCGUCCCGUAUUUGACAAGAACGGUACCGUCACGGCUGCCAACGCGUCAACGCUCAACGAUGGUGCUUCGGCCGUCAUUCUCGGCUCCAAGGAGGCCGCCGCUUCCCUUGGCGUUAAGCCUCUCGCUCAGAUUCUUGCAUCGGCGGAUGCAGCUUGCGCACCCGUAGACUUCCCCAUUGCGCCCGCAAAGGCUAUCCCGCUGGCAUUGGAGAAGGCUGGGGUGAAGAAGGAGGAUGUGGCUCUGUGGGAGAUCAAUGAGGCCUUUUCUGCUGUCGCGUUGGCAAACAACAAGAUCCUGGGGCUGGACGCAAGCAAGGUCAACACUCUGGGCGGCGGUGUAUCCCUGGGUCACCCCAUCGGUUCAUCAGGUGCGAGAAUCGUCGUCACGCUCGUCCACGCGCUGAAGCCUGGACAGAUCGGUGUGGCCGGCGUAUGCAACGGCGGUGGUGGAGCAUCCGCGAUCGUUGUCAAGAGGGAGGCCUGACUUACUGCGGAGGAGAGAGAAGGAGGUAAGGCUGCGACGAAGCUGUGAUGGCGGAAAUGAUGCGCUUGCGGAACAAAUUAUGCGUAC